GGCGAACCAGACUGUCGCUGAAGUUGAACUAUCUUCAAAGUGAAACACAGGAACUUUACUGCAGACAUGAGCCAAGUGGUGGACAUUGAGCAUUGUGAUCUGGACAUUAAGAACAACAACAACAGCCAUCACACAGGACAGUAUGAAGAGGAGCGCUUGAUUGUGAGAAGGGGGCAGCCCUUCAACAUUAUAUUACACCUGAAAGCUGAUAGCAAGGAGUUUAAAACGGCCAAAUCAAACUUCACAUUUAUUGUUGAAACUGGCCCUGUACCCAGAAAAGAAUCAGACACCAAGGCUUCCUUUGGCCUUAGUGAGUCCAUAGUGGCCACUGACUGGAGUGCAUCUGCCACCAAUGAUCCAUCUGGAAAUAAAGUGACAGUUUCUAUCUGUUCAUCACCCGACGCCCCAAUCGGGGUUUAUUCCCUGACCCUGGACCAGGAGGGGAAGAAGACUGCUUUAGGAAAGUUCACCCUACUUUUUAAUGCCUGGUGUCACAGGGAUGCUGUUUACCUGCACAGUGAGACAAAGAGGCAGGAGUAUGUUUUAGAACAAUGUGGGCAGAUCUUCAGAGGAACACAUAAACGAAUCAAAGGGACACCAUGGAACUUGGGUCAGUUUGAAGCAGGGAUACUGGAUAUCUGUCUGAAGAUUCUAGACGUCAGCCCAGAAUCUUUGGAUGAUCCUGAUAAGGACUGCUCUGCCAGGAGAAACCCAAUCUAUGUGACUAGGGUGCUCAGUGCCAUGAUCAACAGUAAUGAUGAAGGAGGGGUGCUGGUGGGAAACUGGGAGGACUAUACUGGUGGGGUGAAUCCAGGACUGUGGAUUGGCAGUGGGGAAAUUUUGCGUCAGUGGGAUGCAACUGGCCCAGUCCGCUUUGGCCAGUGUUGGGUCUUUGCUGGUGUUGCAUGCACAGUGUCUCGUGCUCUGGGCAUCCCAUGUCGAGUGGUUACUAACUUUGGAUCCGCUCAUGACACAGAUGCCAACCUCGUGAUUGAAAACCUUUAUGAUGAAAAUGGGGAAAGACUUUCUGGCGGUGAUUCAGUUUGGAAUUUCCAUGUGUGGGUGGACAGCUGGAUGACUCGUCCUGAUUUGGGAUCAGAGUUUGAUGGAUGGCAAGCCAGUGACCCAACCCCCCAAGAGACGAGUGAUGGUGUUUUCUGUUGUGGGCCAUGUCCUUUAAGGGCCAUAAAGGAGGGAGAACUGACCAAGAAGUAUGAUGCACCCUUUAUUUUUGCUGAGGUCAAUGCAGAUAUUGUGGACUUUGUGCAGCUGACAAGUGGAAAGAUUGUGAAAUUCAGUGGAUCAACCACGGCUGUUGGACGCUUCAUCAGCACUAAAGCUAUAGGCUCAGAUGAGCGACAUGACAUCACACACAAAUAUAAGUAUUCAGAAGGCUCAGAGGAGGAGAGGAGGGUGUACGAGAAGGCACAACACCACAACAAAUUACAGCAGAGAGGAGAAGAGCCAGGACUCCGUCUCAAGAUAAAACUGGCUGACAACAUGAUCGUGGGUUCAGACUUUGAGGUGAACGCUGUCCUCACUAAUAACUGCAUGGACACCAGGACCUGUACAUUCCUGUUCUUCGCCCGAGCUGUCAGCUACAAUGGAAGACGAGGAGCCGGCUGUGGAUUUGCUUCAGACAAAGUAGAAGUGCCCUCUGGAGAAGAGAGGCGUCUGCCCCUCAAACUGCGGUAUGACAGUUAUGGAUCAGUGAUCACAUCUGACAGGUUGAUCCAGCUGUCAGCCAUCGCCAUCGACAAGCAGACCAUUGAUUACAAUAAGGCUGAGAAAACCAUUGUGCUAGAUGAGCCAGAUUUACAAAUAAAGCUGGUGGGAGAUGUCAAACUGAACCAGUCUGUGAUGGCAGAGCUGAGCUUGUUGAACCCUUUACCAGAAACUCUUAAGGACUGCAGCUUUACUGUGGAGGGGGUUGGCCUCACUGGCGGCAAACCAAUUACAAAGAAAAUUGGAGCAGUGGAGCCCAAACAGGAAGCCAAAGCCAGCAUCGAGUUCAGCCCAGCCAGAGCUGGCUCCAGCGUUCUGAUGGUAAACUUUGAUAGCAACAAACUGCAGAACAUCAAGAAUUCUAUCAAUGUUGUGGUAGAGGAGUAAGCCAUAAAAAAAUUACAGAUUCAACACUCCACAUCAGUCAGAGCUGUCAUAUUUUAUAACUUAGCCACAGUUGCAAACAGGAUCUUGGAGUUUUAUUUAUAAAUGCACUUUUGUCAUAAGGUAAGGUAUGGCACUAUUAAAAGUAAAGUGUUUUCCUAAUUCAUUUUCCUUUCUGACUAAGCAUUAUAAACAGUGCCCCUGUGCAAGGUCAUAGUAGGCCUAAAAUCAUAAUACAAAAUAGUUAUAUAAUCAUAUGCCAUUAACUUGUAUGAUUAAGGAUUAUAGAUUGUCUGAAAGCAUGAUCCUUCUUUGAAGGAUAUUUGUUUUUUAGUUUUUCAUUUGAAAAGUCUUCUUUUUUUCCGACAAAAAAUAAUGUAUUUGAAUAAAAAUAUUGAUGCUUGA